CGUGGAACAACAAGGCUACCUUCUACUCGAUCGCCCCAUCCUGAGCAUCCCAUGUGGUCUCUGCAGUAUUUGAAGAGAAUGGUGCUCCCGGACCUAGUAAAUUUGAACAAGGUCGAAAACCUCUGCACCAAGCGAACGCUCUCGCAAGCGGAAAUUGACCACCGGCUUCAGAUGGUGCGCAAAGCUGCGCGGAAGGAAUAG